GGAGCUCAACGACGACCAGUAUGUAUAUAUGUGAACUCCAAUCCCAUAACCUCCAAGUUUUCAGCACCUGACUAGCAUCAGCAUGCCAACGAGCCAGGUCUAUUGGAGAAUCAUUUCUCACUUUCAGGCUUCCAGCGAUCUGUUUCCGUACACGAAGUUUCGAAACGUGCGCUCGUCUGCCCAGUGAACAUCUAACCCGGUUGUAGCAGAUUCAUCACGCAUUCAUUCAUCAUCCUGCAGUUCUGCCUUGCAGAUCGCGAAGUCUUCUGCAAGCGUCGUACAGUCUACAACACGUAUUGUCUCGACCUGUCUAUCUGAGACUUACCCUUUGCAUUUGCCAGUUCCUUCAGAGAUUCAGCAAGCCAGACGCUUUCAUGGGAUCCAUCUUGUGCUAUGGUCGUGAGGUUUCAGACUGCAGAUGAGAAGGAGAAUUUUCUAUAGCAUGGACUUUUGCACGAAAAAAGCACUCUGUGAAUGUACAUCGCCCGCUCGAUUGACAGUUCUUCAAGCCAGCAGUUCGUUCUUCUCGAACUCGUGGAACAGUUCACCUAACUCAGCAGAAUCGAUCAGAUGGCUCACAGUGUGAGCUCUGAAGUUCCUCAUUUCCUGCAACCUUCGAAAACUGCAACCGUGGCGUCUCAAUUCGUCAGCUUAUCGGCCGGUCAACGUAAGGCCGACGCUCCGACGACAACGAAACAGUAUCUGGAAAACAAGAAUCCACCGGCCAUGAAAGAACACGACAAAACGAACAUGAAAAUUGAAUCGUCUCCCGCCUCUCCCGAGCGUUCUUCUCCUGAUGACAACGUUAUAAAGAUUCAGCUCAAAAGGACGAGAAACGAAAUGGAGAGGAUGGUGCAGGAAAAUCAACAGAUGAAAAAAAUGCUCACGUUCAUGACAGUGGAGUAUAAUUUUCUGCACAAACAUCUGAUCACGACUGUUUCUCAGCAGCAGGAACAAGCGAUUGGGAAAUCAUCACAACUUCUUCAGAAUUACAAACCCAUCACGGAAUUUGUACGAGCCACAGUGCUAACAGAACGAGCAAGUCCUCCCUCGACGUCAACAACUUCCGGGAGCACAGAUAGAUCUCGAAGCCCGAGCCCCCAGCCCACUGCAAGCGCCCCAAUACGUUCCACUUCGUCCGACAGGGCGACUGAAACUAAUCUUGAGAAGCAAUCCUCGAGCUUGCAGAAAGUAGAUGCGAAGAUCAUUCAAGCCGAGCACGCAGUUAUUCCCGGGGAUUCAGACAAAGACGGCUUCAUUCAGUACCGUGCACAGAAAGACAGCUCACAAUCUGAUAUCAGUCUUGUGGAACCGACACUGCGACUUGCUUCCCCGGGUCAAGACUCGAGCGCCGAGGCCCGAGAGUCUCAUUCCAACAAAGAAGCUGCUGCCAUAUCCGAGCCCUCUCUUUCUGAACAGAAUGGAUGGCCCCCUACCAAGAGAAUGAAAUCCGUUCUCCAAGAUACAUCUGUCCGGAGUGCUCGAGUAUCAGUUAGAACUCGUACAGACGCACCUACGAUGAAUGAUGGGUGCCAAUGGCGCAAGUACGGUCAGAAGCUGGCGAAGGGGAAUCCAUGCCCUCGGGCUUACUACAGGUGCACGGUGGCGCCCGGCUGUCCGGUGAGAAAGCAGGUGCAAAGGUGUGCUGAAGAUCGGUCUGUGUUGACAACGACCUAUGAAGGCACGCACAGUCACCCGCUUCCAGCAGCUGCAAUGGCUAUGGCUUCCACAACCUCAGCUGCAUCAGGGAUGCUGGUGAUGGGCUGUACAAGCAGCGACAGAAUUGCAGAGGGACUGGGCCUUCGGUGCGACAGCGCGAUGAACAUGGGCAUAUCCAACAUUUCGGCCUCCAUACCCUUCCCAAGCAUAACGCUGGACCUCACUGGACCCGAGAGCUGCAGCUUGGCCGCGGCAGCUGCCAAGCGAAUCCAGCAGCUUGAUGCUACAGGAGCGAGAGCCAACGACUGGCCUUACAAGUUCUUAUUCUCACCCUUUGGAAUACCGAUGCAUGCGCCGCCGAUCAGCAUGAUGCCCGGUGCUCAAUCUGCUUUCUGCGGAACAGACAAGCGUGACUUUCAUAUGGCCUCUGGUUUGAAUCCACUCAUGGUUCGCUCACAGCAAGCCCAUGGCUUGGAGAUGGGACCAAAAAUGCUGGCUGACAGUAGCUGGCUGACACCGGCCACGGCAGCCAUUACAUCAGAUCCCAAUUUCACAGCAGCCCUGGCUUCUGCCAUUGCUUCCAUUAUUGGAUCUCAAACUAACGGGCAUCUGGUUACAUAAUGAAAGAGUAUAAAAAGGGAGUACUGCUCAGCCCGAGCUCUGUAUGCUCUUACUUACCUCAGGAAUUGAGGAGGUUCAGAAUGUAUCAUGUUUGCUGCUGUUGCGAUUCGCUAACAUUGUCAAAUAGUUGGAAACGACUUCAGUUGUUAAGACGGGCCGGGAAGACCGACAUGAGAAUCUUCUGGUUUUUCUACAGAUGUGGCUAUGCACCGCUCUCUAGCUGUUGAACGUAGAAUCGGUUCGAUGGUAUUUAAUCAGGAAGAAUUUCUGUGGAUAAGAAGCUAGUGCAGAUAUAUGUUCAUCUCUAUAUAGUUUCACUGGAACUUUAUGUUGAGUUCUUAGUCUAGCACAUCUUGAGGAUGUUCCAGCUGAUCAUGUGACCACUGGUCGUUCCAAAUGUACCCUUGAAAAAUCAUUUCAUAAUACGAGAACAUACUCUGCC